UUUCCGCCCAAAGAAAAAAUAUAUAAAAGGGUAAAUGUAAUGAAUGACUUCCACAUUGUGGUAAAGAACUUUACAAUUCAUUUAUUGUGUAAUUGAAAUCCCUAUCAAUCGCAGGUUUUUCUGCGAACAUGAGACGAUUCAUUCUUCUUGCCUUCGUUGGCACAUUGCUAAUGAAGAAUGUUACAUCAUCAAUUCAAUCAUAUCCUUCAAAUCUGGCAUGGUUGUUUGGUUUGAAUGAUAAAGUAAACGAUAGCAAAGAGGCCACAAAUGUGUGUAAAAACCAGGAGUGCGAAAAAAUUGCUAAGGUAAUAUCAGAGAGUAUGGACAAAUCUCUGGAUCCGUGUGACGAUUUCUACGAGUACGCUUGUGGAAAGUGGCCGGAACAUAAUCCUAUUCCAAAGGGAAGUCGUUCGUGGAGUUUAUUCCACAUGCUUCAAAAGAAUGUAGAACAACAAGUAGACGAUAUUUUAAAAGAAGGACCCAGAAACAGCGAUAUUUUGGCGGUGAAGCUUGCGAAAAGGUGGUAUGCGGUCUGCAUGAAUACAGAUGCGAUGGACAAGCAAGGGCUUGACCCAUUGGUUACCACUAUAUCGCGUAUAGGCGGCUGGCCGAUGAUAAUGGACCCGGACGAAUGGGACGAGCAAGAGUAUAGUUGGCAAAAAGUGGAUGAUAAAUAUUUACGCUUGACAGGAAAUAAUGUUUUUCACGACGUGCGCGUAAACAUAUAUAGUCCAAACAAGACCGUAAAGAUCGGUACUCCGCAUUUACCUCCGAAUUCAUUCAAACUAUGGAUUGGAAACUUAUACGAUAGUGACGAAAUAGAAGACGAGAAUGAUGACGACCCGAGUGACGAGCAGGAUAAUCAGAAGCUUGAAAGCGAGGAUGAUGACGAUGACAACAGCGAGAACAAUGACGAUGACAAUAGCGAUGACAAUACGAACGAACAAAAUGAAGAUAAAGAAGCAAAAAAGAAAAUCAGCAAAAGAAAAUCUACAGGCAAGUUUAGUCAUAAAAAAAAUAAAAAUAUACAGCAUAAUAGAAAAACAAAGAGUGGCACCCCAAUUCUUAGAAAACACGAUAAUCAUAAGACGAAGAAACAAAGAGUAAAAAGACAAGCUACACCGACAAAGGUUCAUAGCAAACGCGCUCAGCAUCUUACUCAUCGCGACAAAUUGCGGAAGAGCAAAAGAAAUCAUGUAAGAAAAGCGCAGGACGAAGAGAGAACGAAGGAAACUUUGGAAAUGGUAUCUACAUCGACUACACCGCAAAUAACGGAAAAAACGAGUGAAGGCGAUGUAGACGAUGAAACCGCGCAACAGAUAUACGCUAAUUACAUUUCGAAAGUAGCUCGCGCUAUAGCUAAAGCGCGAGGCACUGAGGUCUCAGAAGAACACAUCGAUAAAGAUAUCGAAGAUAUGAUCAAGUUUCAAGUGAAACUAACGGAGAUUGUUUUGGACACUGAAUGGAAUGAAGACAUGGAACUAACGCUCAAUGAGUUUCAAGAAUGGUACGACAAAAAAGAGUCUAAAACCACUAAUAGCAAAAUUAAUUGGGUGUACAAAGUUGCGGAAUUAUUUGACGAAGCUCACGUGUCCGUGGAUGGAGAUUUAAAUCUAGAGAUUGGUUCAUCAGAUUAUUUUGAAGCUCUUGUCUCUUUGCUGGACGAGACGUCGAGACGAACGAUCGUGAAUUACAUACACUGGAACUAUCUGAGUAAAAUGAUAGAAACUACAACGAGUGAAAUGAGAAAAUUAUACUACGCAUGGGAAGAUUGGCAACAAUGGGAAGAAGAAGAUGAAGAAGAUGAAGAAAAUGAAGAUGAAGAAGAUGAAGAGGAAAGCGAAAGAGAAAGGAGAUCGUUCACUUGCCUGGGAAAAGCACAACUGCAUGACAUUCUAGCGUACGAGUAUGUAAAACGACAUUUCUCAGAUGAUAUUACGAAAACAGCAGAGGAUAUGGUUGAUGAUAUACAAAAGGAAGUGGAAUAUCAAAUUAAAAAAUCAGACUGGCUGGAUGAAGAUACUAAAGAUUAUGUUUUCGCGAAACUAGUGAACAUGAAGAAAUUUAUUGGAUAUCCAGAUUGGUAUAGAAAUAAUACUAUCGUUAAACGAUAUUUUCAAGGACUCAUUAUCGGCAAUUCGUAUUACGAGAAUACACUUAGCUACAGUAGAUAUAGUAAAUGGAAGCAGCUACGGGAAUUAAAGAAGGAUGAGGAUGAUGAUGAUAUAUGGUGGAUGAGCCCUUUGACAGUAAACGCCUUUUUCUCUCCGGACGCAAAUUCCAUAAUGCUUUCGGCGGCGGAUUUCCAGAGUCCAUUUUUCGCUUAUGGUCGACCACAAGCUAUUAAUUAUGGUAUUGUUGGAGUUAUCAUGGCUCACGAAGUUAAUCACGGAUUCGAUGAUGAUGGGAUUUUAUAUGAUAAGAACGGUGACUUCGUGGAAUGGUUAUCUAUAAUGUCCCAAGAAUACAGCAAGAAAGCAAGCUGUUUUGUAGAGCAAUUUAAUAAUUAUCCCAUUGAAAAAAAUUCAAAUAAGAAAAUAGAGAACUAUGGCAAUCAAACGUCGGGUGAGAAUAUCGCGGAUACAAUGGGAUUACAGGCAUCAUUCCGAGCUUAUCAAAGAAGAGAAAGAGAGUGCGGAAAACCGGAUACCGUAUUGCCGGGCUUGGAAGAAGUCACUAACGAUCAGCUCUUCUUCCUAUCCUUUGCCAAUGUAUGGUGCGAAGCUACUACUGAUUCGAAUAUUACUGAGAGAUAUGCCAGAAUGGAUGUACAUAGUACCGGACGUUUGAGGGUGAUAGGCUCUGUUUCGAAUUCAGAAGACUUCGCCAAGGCUUUCAGUUGCCCUGUUGGUAGUGCAAUGAAUCCCGAAAGAAAAUGUAAUAUCUGGAAGUAGGAAUCUUAUAAAUCAAACUUGUUCUUCAAUACAUAUAUAAAAAUAUUCAACAAAAAUAUUUAUCCAUGUAUCGAUAUACACGAAUAUACGAUGAUUAAACUUACGCACAUCGUGUAAAAAAGAUUUAUCCUUU